AAGUAUGUUCUGAUCUGAAUUUAUUUGGGCCUGAAAUUGGCUUGAGUUGACUUUAAAACAAGGUUAUAUUCAGCUAUGGCAGGGGAAACUUGUGAACAUUGUGGUUCCUUGGUUUAUCAAGCAGAAUCUAUAACAGCAGGGAAUCGUGUAUAUCAUAAAGCCUGCUUCAAGUGCACUAACUGUAGUAAACUACUCAGUUCUAAUUCGGCGCAUCUGCAUACUGGGAAAAUACACUGCAGGACAUGUCAUGCUCAAGCAAUAAGGCCUCCAUCUCCAGCCCUCUUCACUGACACUUCUAAAAUUAAACCUCAAAGGGCGGAGGAGGGAUGUCCUAACUGCGGCGGAGUCGUUUUUGAGGCGGAAAAGGUUGGAGAAAAUGGCAAAUAUUAUCAUAAAAAAUGUUUCAUUUGUUGUAAGUGUAGACGACCACAGGAUGACAAACUUCAGGUAUUUGUUGGGUUUGAUAAAAAUGUUUACUGUGCCUCCUGCUAUCCUAAUAUACAACACACUCCUUUAGAAAAUGGCAAAUAUUAUCAUAAAAAAUGUUUCAUUUGUUGUAAGUGUAGACGACCACAGGAUGACAAACUUCAGGUAUUUGUUGGGUUUGAUAAAAAUGUUUACUGUGCCUCCUGCUAUCCUAAUAUACAACACACUCCUUUAUCAGGUAGUCCUGGAUUAAAAAGUAUACUCGACCAGGACGGGUCAGGCUGCCCCCGAUGUGGAGGGAAAGUGUUCCAGGCAGAACAGAUUCGGAUUAAAUCUGGAGUUUAUCAUAAAACCUGUUUCCUAUGCCAACUGUGUUCAAGGCCUUUGGACGCUUCCAGUUGUACUGAACACGAUGGGAAGGUGUUCUGUAUAACGUGUUACAGAAGAAACUUUGAUGUAAGAUCAAGAUCUGUAGGUCCAGGGAGUACCUCAGUUAUCAAGGCUGGUAAUGGAGCUAAAUGUCCCAGAUGUGAAGGGAUUGUAUUUGAAGCUGAGAAAGUUUUGACAAAAGUUCAUCAUUAUCAUAAAAGUUGUCUGUCUUGUGCUUAUUGUAAGAAAGGUCUGAAUGCAACUAACUUUAUGGAAGCCCAGGAUAGGGAUAUAUAUUGCAAGGUUUGCUAUGCUGUGCUGUUUGGUCAUAGACGAGCAAAGUCGGUGGGACCUUCAGAUACAAAGCUAAUCCAGGCUCCAGAGGGGGAUAAAACAAGAUGUCUGCGAUGUGGCGGUAAAGUUUACGCAGCUGAAAAAAUGGCGGCUAGUAAUGGCUGCUAUCAUACAUCAUGCUUUAAGUGUCACAGAUGCAGUCAGAUUCUAGAUUACAACAGCUUUAACAGCGGGGCAGAGAACAAGAUAUUUUGCAAUGGUUGCUUUUACAAGGAGAAAUCAGUGGUAGAGCUCGAGUAUCCUAAGUCCUUGGUGGAUACAACAUCUAUCCUAGCAGAUCAAGGAGUUCCUGGCUGUCCUAGAUGCGGGGGUAAGGUGUUUGAAGCAGAAAAGAUGGAGGCUAAAGCAGGAAUAUUUCAUAAACGAUGUUUUACCUGUGAUACUUGUGCCAGAUUGCUUGAUUAUAUGACAGCUUGUGAUGGUCCUAAAUCUGAUCUGUAUUGUCAACCCUGCUAUAAGAAAAAAUUUCAUAUUUCAGGUAAAUCACUACAAACUAAUAUUUAUACACUAGCUUGGGAACCCAGAGUAGCACAUUGGGGCUGUUUACGCUGUUUUCUCUGCACAACGCAUCUCAGUGGUUUGACAGCAACAGUUGGUAAUGACAGACAGAUUUAUUGUAAAUCAUGUCACUCGUCUGUCUUUCAACAGCCAGGAUAUCAGACAGCAGAUGUUACAGCUGUUAAAGGGGAACCAGGAGAUACUAACACCUGUAUAAAGUGUGGUGGAGUUGUAUAUCAACUAGAGAAGAUAAGUUCUGGGAACCUGGUUUACCAUAAAACAUGUUUUAAUUGUCAAGGCUGUUCUAAAAAAUUAGAUUCUACCCUAGUUUAUGCUUUUGAAGCCCCGGAUGAGAGGGUGUACUGUAAGAAAUGUUACUCCGCAAAGUUUGGAGCUGGGACAACUCCAAAGCUUUGGGCAGACACUACCACCAUCCAACCGAGGGAGGGACAAGGUUGUACCAGAUGUGGAGGAGCAGUGUUUAAGGCUGAAGAGAUUGUGGAGAAAGGAAAGAACUUCCAUCUGAGAUGCUUCACCUGUAAAACUUGUAACAGACCUCAACUAGACAAAAUGCAAGUUUUUGUUGGUUUUGACGGAGAGAUUUAUUGCAAGGGUUGUUAUCCACAAAUAAUGCACACUCAAAUUGGAUUGAACACUGACACUUCCAUCAUAAAAGGUGAGGAAGGUGGUUCUGAUACCUGUCCAAGAUGUUUGGGAAAAGUUUAUGAAGCAGAGAAACUCUGUUUACAGGGGGAAAUGUUUCAUAAGAAAUGCUUUAAUUGUGUUCAAUGUCGCCAAAUCCUUGGCCUGGCAAACUUUUACACGGGUUCUGAUUCUCAAAUAUAUUGCAGAACUUGCUAUUUUCAUAAAUUCUUUAUUGGUGGAAGGAACUGCUACUUAGACUACUCCAAUAUGGUUGAAAGUGAAGAUACAUCUGGAGAUCGAUGUCCAAGAUGUCUUAUUCAUGUGUUUGAGGCAGAAGGGAUAGUUACAAGAUAUGGGAAGUACCACGGGAAAUGCUUAUCUUGUUCAGAUUGCAAUCGUCUACUAAAUUCUUCAAACUUCUUAGAGGCGAAAGAUAGGAAGAUAUAUUGCAAGGCAUGUUGUGCUGUGAAGCAUGGAAGAUUAGAUCAGAAGGUAUCUGUAGAGAUGACGUUUUUCCUAGCUUCAGAUGAUGACCUGAAAUGCAUGGGGUGUGACGGAAAAGUGUUUGAGGCCGAGAAAAUGCUGACUCAGUUUGGUGCUUUCCAUCCAGCUUGUUUCAAGUGCAAUGACUGCAGCAGAGUUUUUGAUGCAAUUCAAGCAUUUCGAUUUAGGUAAAAAACAUUAGGGGGAAAUUUUUGUACAGGUUCAAAGGAAUUGAGUCUUUGCCACAAACUCAGAUUUUCUGGCCUCUGCAUCUU